UGCGUCUAUGUAUGCGCGAGCUGCAUAGGUUCGCGACCGGGAUGAUGGGGUGGGGUACCGGCGGCAGGAGAUAUCCCCCCGGUACAACCCGAACAGACGCCUAUAAAUUGACGGGUCCAGCGAGCUGCAGACCAUGUGCACCCGGGAACUACGAUCUGGGAGUACACCGAGUGCGAGAACCGAGUCAACAUGAUCUCCAUUAUAAUACUUUCGUUGGUGUCGACGGUACUCGGCGUGCCCCAGUGGUACGGUGGUCCAGCCCCCUACGGACCCCACGGCGCUGCUGCGCCUCUGGGUCCGGACGGCCGUGUGAUCGACACCCCCGAGGUCGCUCAGGCGAAAUCGGCCCAUCUCGCCGCUUUAGCCGAAGCCGCCGCGCGUGCUCCCAAGGGACCUGGUGGAUGGGAAGGACCCGCUGCUCCUGGCCCGUAUGGCCACGGUGGCUACGCUCCCCGGUACAGUGGACCCCCUGCUCCUCUGGGACCCGACGGUCGAGUAGUUGACACCCCCGAGGUGCAGCAGGCCAAGGCUGUCCACUUCUCUCUGUACAACGCUGAGGUCCAGAAGGCUGGUCCUGCCGGACCCGUCGGACCUGCGCCGGGAGAAUGGGGCAACCCAGCCUGGAACGAAGGUAGCUGGAAUGGUGGCCACGACUACUACUGAGCAUUGGUACCGAUGAUCACCGCAUAAUCACUAUCACCAUCACCCAAGUCCAAACUAAUACAUCUAUCUACGGCGCACCUCUCGCCUCUAAAAUCUUCGAGUGAGCUGAUGGAUCCAGCGAUUUUUAUACGAGAGUUUGAAGUACAAUCGAAGGAACCGCUGCAAAAGUUUUCCAAGGAGUACGGACGAUUCGGUCCUGGGGCUAUCCGGAUCAAUGCACCAAAACCGAAUCUAUGGAAGAGAGAAAAAUUUGUUGUAGUUGUGAGUCAAACGAGCGAGAUUAUUUUUUUUUUUAUCGUAGUAUACUAUAUUAGUAUUGCUAGUAUCCUGUCGAUGGAGCCUAUUUUUGCACGGAGGACAAGAUCGUCGGAAAAAUGUGUACACUGACAUCGCGAUUCAGUCGGAGAGAGGGAGAACAAUAAAAAUCAAAAUUAGCUUUAUAAACCUGGUGUAGCAUUUUUUUUCCGCAAACGAUUGCACUAGAAACGGAAGAAGACUUAGGGAUCCAGCUUUCAUUACGACGCUCGGAGCUUUCGAUCGUUUUAUCGAACCGGUAGCAGUUUCGCCUGAAUCUCACCGCACGCACUUACGUAAUCCAACGUCAUAGUAUGCAUCAUAUAUCUUAGCGCACUACGUUUACUACACUCUAUCUACCUCCACAUGCAAGUGAUUUUAGAUUAACUUCUCGGCAACAAAAAAAAAACUCUCUACCUCUGCUUCAUUCUUUCACGCGCCACGAGUGUACGCGACCAUACAUAAAAAAGUCGAUUUCCAAUCGAUAGGACUAUACUUUGUAACGCGCGGAUGGAUAGACGAAGAGAACAGAAAAAACUAAAAACGCCUUCGCAAUCACAAAAACGGACAAUAACGGAAUUCCAUUGACUCCGCACUUCGUUAUUCGUGGAGAGUAACACGCACCGAGGAAAUUCCGAACUCGCCGAUCGGGCGCAGCUUUUGGAUCGCAUUCUCGGCGGCGGUGCACGUGGCAAAUCGUAAAUCUCUCCUCGCGAGAUAUUUCGCGCUGCGCAAGCGGGCAACGCCCAAUAAUUUUCCUCCUCUAAGCGUCUAUCUAUCUCUUUCGCGCUGAAAUGGAUCUCCCACGCGGCUCUCGUGACUCUAUUAUUCUCUCUUCUAUGCGUGGCGCGGAAUUCCCGCGCAACACCUUCGCGAUUGUCGAGCUACGGUGACACUUUCUAUAUAGAUUCUCAAUGAUCGUCGCGUUGACGCGACGACGGCACUUCUUUCUUCCGGAAGUGGGAUUACGUUUGCGAGAUUCCCUUCCAUCGUCUGUUCACUAUAGCGACUUUUUUGUCUGUUUUUUUUUUCAUGCAUCGUUUUGGAACUGCUACGGUUUGUGGUAAUUAUAUAUUCUGCGAUAAUGAAUAGCGAGAGGGCGCCUUCCUCUGUUGUCGCUUCUGGCGCCGGUUGCUUUGUACGACUGCGAAAAAUUGUUUAUCAUGUAUAAUGUAAAAGUGUGUAACUUUUAUUUUUAUAUAUACACGUAUCCUGAUAAUAAAAUGUGAUUAUUUUCUCAA